AUGGCUGUGAGGCCGGGCGAAGAGAACGUCGCGACGCUCUUUGGCGACAUCCACUACUUUUACGGCCCCGAAACCGACAACCCACCACACCACCGCUUUGACAAGGGCUCCUAUGUCUACCUCUUCGAGAACGCCGUCGAGGGUCGCACGCGCAUCGAGGUUGCCAACCGGCCGGGCACCGAGCUCCAGGACGCCUUUGAUGGAUAUCUCGACUGCACGGCCGUCAGCUACUCCUACAGACACAGCUGUAUGGUCUCUCUGACCGUGCAUGACGUGCCCAAUCAGGAAGAAUGGCACCUGCCCACAUACGACCCCCAGAACCAGAACAUCUACCACUACAAGCUGCACAGCCUGGACAUCUACUUUUGGACCCCACGCGACGCCCUCCAGUUUGUCAAUGGCGUCCGCCGUCUGCUGCCUGCCAGCCAGCUGGACAUUGAGGACGAGCCGCUGCCACCCCCGCCGCCACCAUUGCAGCAACAGCAGCAGCACUACGGAGCCGUGCCUCUGGACGUGAGCGUGUCGCCGGUGGUGCAGAAGCUCGAGAGUGUGGCUCUCUCGGAAGGCAGUGUCGCGACAGCUGCGCCGGCAGCAGCAGCGAUGUCCUCUUUUGCGGCCCCACCGCUGUCAGCCAUCUCUGCAGACUCGGGUGGCAGCCGUCCCUCGCAGGGCAGCACGCCAGCACCAGCACCAGCACCAGCAUUCGUGCCUAUGGCCUACAAUCCAGCUGCACCAGCUGCACCUGAGACGAUCCGACCGCGUGAAAAGACGCCACCGCCCGAAGACGCCGUUCCACACAACCCGCUGCACCAGACGCUCGUGCAGGACGCUUCGACGCCCUUCAGCCCGGGACUCGUCGUGCCCAUGGGCCUCGGCCCGCUCAGUCCCGGCGUGCCUCCACCAGCCUUUGCCGCACCACCUGGCGCUCCGGCCUUUCCGGCCUUUCCAGGUCCCCCUCCCAACUUUUCUCCCGGCUCGACACCUGUCACGGCUGCUGCUGGGGCCGGAACUCCCCACCCUGGCCACCCCGGCCUCGUGCGCGCGGGUACUAUGCCGGCCUCGCCCUUUAGCCCCAAUGGCUUUCCUGGAGGCCCUUCUUUCGCGGCGCCGACGACGACGAACCAGUACCAACACACACCGACGCCGCCACCUGGCUCGGCCGCAGCCCUCGGCGGUUACAGCCAAUACAGCUAUAGCACAUCGUCGACGACGCUGCCGGCAGCAGGCGAAUACUCGGUCCACCACCAGCUGUACCAGCCAACCGGAGGGGAGGCAGUUUCGCACCAGCCAAAGCAAGAUCCGCGUGGCCGCUUCGAGGAGAAUGCCGGGCGGAUCGAGCGCGGCGUGUCAGGCAUGUUGAAGAAAUUGGAAAAGAAGUUUGCUUAG